UUUGCCGGAAUAUCGAUGGAAUUGAUACACAUCAGUGAUGGCCAUAGCAGAGAUACCUGCUCCAUCUCUACUGCUUAUCAUCUACUGCAAUGUUUUUGUUCCUUAAAGAGGGAGGGUUGAUUGUUGGGAUUCAGCAUUUAUUUUUCAGAAAAUUUUCAUUUAUUGCUCAUUGCCAAUUUCUGAGUUGUCGGUCACUGUUAAUUUGAGGAUCUAGGCUGUCUCUGAGAAUUAAUUGCAAUUUCUCUAUCUCACAAACUCAUCCAUCGCCUUCUGCAGUUUGUUCUUGCCUGACCUUUGUUCUCUUCUUCAAAUACCCCAAAUUUUGUGUAGUCACCUCUCUCUGUCUCACUCUCUAUCUGUCUAUCCCCUUUCCGCUUCCCUCCCUCCUCUCUCUCUCUCUCUCUCCCUCUCUCCCCCCCCCUCUCUCUCUCUCUCUCUCUCUCUCUCUCUCUCGCUCUCUCUCUCUCUCUCUCUCUCUCUCUCUCACACACACACACACACACACACAAUGAUGAUCAGAAUUGAGAUUAUUUAGGCCUGCUAGUGAGAGGAUCAGGGCAUGAAAAGUGAUUUUAAUUCCGAAACAGGAACUGACUCUAUGGCAUCAACUGAGACUCCAAUACAGAAGACUUCAGAUUUAGUGAUGGAGAUUUCUGUUCUUGAGAAAGAAAUUUUAUAUUUGGAACGCCACCUUCUUUCUUUAUAUCGAUCUGCAUUUAAAAAUUAUUUUGCUAGUACUCCGUGUAUUACCAACUCUUCCUCCAAGUCCCCAGCAAGCUAUGGCAGAAGUUCAACAGUGCAAGAAGUUAACAACCACUCUAAGUAUCAAGCAACAACUCCUGUUGAAGCUGAUCAUACUAAUGAUGAAGUCAAUCUUUUCCAUAUGGAAUUUGGUGCUAAAGAAAUUGGUUUCAACAGCUGUAGUCAUAUGAGAUGCUCUACUGCUCUUGAACCAGCAUCAAGCUCAAAUUCCAUUUCUUUUCAUUCCCAUGUUGUUGAUCGAAGAACGAAAAUGAGAAAAUCUCUUUCUUGCCAUCGCACUCUUGCCAACUAUUUUGGCACUACUAUUCAAGAUCACAUACCAGAGACAGUAUGGAAGAUUUCUGAAGAUAUCAUUAAAUGCAUUUCAUCUGUCUACUGCAAGCUCACAAGUAGCACAAAUAAGCAGAUAGAGCUGUUACGUUCAUCUUCAUCUUCCUGUACUUCUUCUAGCAUUUUAUCUCCUGAAAAUCCUUCCAACAGUUGGAGCCCUCAAUUUUGGUGUGAAACUGCAUCAAGUCCCUGUCAAGUCAAGUUACCAAAACAUAAACAUGAUCCAUACAAAGAUAUGAUUGAAGUUCCAAAGAUCUGCAUAGAUGACAACGGAUUUGAAUUCGCCUUUAAGAUGCUAAAAAUUUACAGAUCCUUGAUUGCACGACUAGAGGAUUUUGACCCAAGAAAAAUGGAGCAGAACGAGCAGCUUGCUUUCUGGUUGAACAUUCACAAUGCCUUGAUGCUGCAUGCUUUUCUAGCUUAUGGACUACACAAGAAUCAAAUGAGGAACACCUCUUCAAUAAAUAGAGCAGCAUAUAAUAUUGGAGGAUGUUCAGUAAAUAUUUAUAUCAUUCAACAUUUAAUCCUUGGAAGCAGCCAUCCGCACUGCCCCUCUUCGCAUUUCCGCUCACUGUUGGCAUCAGCAACGAAGUUUAGAAAAAUUCAUAGCAAGCAUCCAUAUUCACUUGAUCAUCCUGAACCUCAUGCUUAUUUUGCUCUUUGUAUUGGAGCUUCCUCUGAUCCUGCAGUCCGUAUCUACACGGCCAAAGAUGUUCACCAAGAGUUGAACCUUGCAAAAAAAGAGUACAUCCAAGCUAAGGUGUCCAUUCAAAAGAGCAAAAUAAUCCUUCCCAAACUUUUAUACUACUAUGCCAAAGCUGCUUCUAUUGAACUAUCCAACCUCAUAGAGAUGGCAUCUUGCAGCAUGGAUGCAGACGAACAAAAAGCAAUACGACAGUGCUUCCAAAGAAAUGGCCGCAAAUCAGUGAAGUUGUCACCAUUUACAACAGACUUUAGAUUUCUUUUUCAUAGGGAUUUAGCAAAAUAAUAUGGCACCAAUUUUUCAUUUUGUAGGUUAUAGCAUCCCAAACAUUACAAAGAUUGAAUUUGGAUCCAGAGUGGCACCUAACCUUUUUGUUUUGUAGAUAUAGAGUGGAAGGACAUUCAAAUUUGUUUGAGAUUGGUUUAUCAUAUUUAAGCGUUCAAAGAAACCUAUGUUUCAAAUUGCUCAGCAUUCCAUUGCUCAAAUAAGAUGCAAAAA